GUUAUAUUAUGAUAUAUCUAAAAUAUAUAACACUAUUUAGGAAAAAACAAAUAUUAAUGUAGAAAAAUAUAAAAACCAAUACCCGACCAUUAUCAUUACAUUUAUAUUUUUGAUGAAUCUGAUUCGGUUAUGAAAGUUGUACCGAAUGAAAUCUUCUAGCGAAAAACACCCUCCUAUAUCAUCAUGAAACAAGUAUAGAGUAGUCGAUUGGUACAGGUACAUAUAAAAAGCCGACCAAAUAAACAUUACACUAAUAAAUGUAUAAUAUAAUAAUUAUCAAACAAAUAUAACUAUUCGAAACUGGAUUUUGCAUCCAAGCAAAUUGGUUAGAGAAAUGUUAGUGGGGAAGCACGUAGGUGUGAUCUUGACAUCUUGUACAACAACACCAAAGUCUCACCAAUACAACUUUUAUCUUUACGCCAAAAUUCGACAGGAUCGUGUUUACCACACUGUCUGAUCUUCCGACAUAAUCUCUCAUCUAACACUCCCUUAAGUACUAGUAUUCCAUUUUUUUAUCUUUUCUUAAUCUCCCUUCUCAAACCUUAAACCCCCUACCGGACCAUGACUCCUUUCUUCAUUUUGUGUCUCUCCGUGACACUUUUCUUAUGUCAGUCCUUGGUUGGAGCCAUUAACAACGGCUAUUACGGGUAUAACCCGGUGGCCAGCUACCUACCCGAGAAACCUCAGAACAUCAUGAAUCCGGUGGACUCGUGUUGGCGGCUCAAGUCUGACUGGACGGCCAACCGCAAAGAUUUAGCCGAUUGUGCGGUUGGGUUUGGUUCAUCUGCCUUGGGCGGCAAGAAAGGCAAUAUAUAUGUUGUCACCAACCCUAAUGAUAAUGCAGCGAACCCUCAACCCGGUUCUCUGCGAUACGGUGUGAUCCAAGACAAGCCGCUGUGGAUCACUUUCGCUAAGGAUAUGGUCCUAACCUUAGAGAAUGAGCUCAUGGUCAAUAGCUACAAGACCAUCGAUGGGAGAGGGACAAAAGUGGAAAUUGCGUACGGACCUUGCAUUACGAUACAAGAAGUGACGAACGUAAUUGUGCACGGGAUCAGUAUCCACCACUGCAAACCGGGUAAGUACGGAAUGGUGAGGAGUAGCACAACGCACGUAGGUCAUCGAAAGGGAUCGGACGGUGAUGCUAUCGCGAUUUCCGGUUCGUCUAAUAUUUGGAUCGACCAUUGUUACCUAGCGAGUUGUACGGACGGUCUUAUCGAUGUGAUUCAUGCUUCCACGGGAAUAACUAUUUCCAACAACUAUUUUACUCAGCAUGAUAAAGUGAUGUUGCUUGGACACAACGAUGAUUUCGUGCAGGAUGUGAAAAUGAAAGUGACCGUUGCAUUCAAUCAUUUUGGACCAGGACUUGUGGAGAGAAUGCCAAGGGUCCGACGAGGGUACGCUCAUGUGGCAAACAAUAGAUACGAUAAAUGGAUAAUGUAUGCAAUUGGUGGUAGCGCCGAUCCAACCAUUUUCAGUGAAGGCAACUAUUUCAUUGCUUCUGAUAAUUCUAACAGCAAGGAGGUGACAAAGAGAGAAGUGAAAGGAGGGUGGAACAAUUGGAGAUGGAGAACUUCAAAAGACGUUUUCAAGAACGGCGCUUACUUCGUUCCUUCUGGUUACGGCAGCGUUGCGCUUCCAUAUAGUUCUGCUCAGCGAUUCCCAGUCGCUCCAGGGAACUUGGUUCCUUCUCUAACCGCAGGCGCUGGCCCUCUUAACUGUUACCGCAACCGCCCAUGUUAUUAGUAUUGAAGAGCUAAGCGUAAAUGCAAUGGAAAAUGUCACAUGUGUGUGUAUACAUACUCUUUUCGAUGUAUCUUAUUUUUGGUAUAUCCCAUUAUUUUCUUAGUUUAUACCGUUUAAUAUGUUUCGGUCUGCUACGCGCUUUUACUACAUCAUAUGUGGUUAUGAACGAUGAGAUACAUUAAGAGUUUGUUGCACCAAAUGCAUAUUUUGAUUGAUUAUUUAUGUGUAUACAUUUAUAAUUAGAAAGUUUUUCUUGUAGCCAAGAUUACAUUCUUUUAUUAGCAAAGAAAAGAAAGAUACACAUAUCAAAUUAGUUUAGUAACGUUAUUUAGUUUUUCUUAUAUUCGAGUCUUGUUAGUUUGGUAAUGUUAUUUAGUUUUGAAACAACCAACAUUAGUACUAAUUGGUCAGCCUGGUUUAUAUCAUCAUUUCUCUUUUUCUUUAUACUAAAAAUUGUAAUAGUAUAAGAUUCGGCAGCAGACCCAGAAAAAGGAAGCAAAACAAGGAUCGGCGGAUCAAAUAAAAUAAACCAAGAAAACAGAUUUUAUAACCAAAUUUUGUCAGAUGAGCAGAAAGCCAUGGGACCGGUCCGCAAAAUUCCAUAAAUCGAGACCUAUUGCCCGGAACAAAUUAAAAUCCAGACGAAUCCUAUUUCAUUGCGAAGAAUCGGAUCUUAAUUAAUGUCAGGAAAUAAAUUCACUAGAAUGUGUUAGAAAAGCUGGUUAGGUUGUAUAUGGGGUGUUACUUUUGCUUGUCAUUAUAGUCCCUUAUCUAUAUAGUUCUGAUAUUGAUAGGCGGACUUUUGUGAUGAUCCAUUAGGUAUUGACUAUUGACUUCACAAACAAAAACUGAAGACUUUUAAAAAUCGUUAACUUUAUCUAAACGCAAGCUCAUUCCAACCGCCUUUUAUGUUUCCAUCUAAUUUUCCACGUGUUUGUACAACCAGAUAAUUUCUUACAUAUAUUAGCAUUGAGUGAAUGGAUUGUUUUUGAUCAAUAUAAACUCAAAAUUAACAUCAAAAGAAAUUGGUACGACAUUAUUGUAAGAUAGCUAUACAUACAAUGAUGCAAUUAACUACAAAAACUCGUGAUAUUGUAUAGCAGCAAAAGAAGACUUGGAACAUCGGAUGUCGGCGAGAUAUGCUAGAGGUCGUAUGAACAUUUUUUUAAAAGUCAGUGUUAGUAAUUAACUUUGUAAUUAUUCAUUUAACUAUAGAAAGCUGUACACAUUGAAACUAUUUGAAAGAUGAAAACUAAGAACUAAGCUACACGAGUACACGACAUUGAUUGAAACAAUUGCUUAAGUUGCUUGUUUACUUUAUUUAUCUUCUUUAUUUCUUGCGGUUUGCAUGUUUUCUUGCUCGAUUUUAUUUGUCUUGACUUUUCCUUUGUUUACGCUUAAUUCUAGAACUUAUAUUAAAGAUAAAUCAUAAUCUAUGUUCGAUAGAUUUAUUUUCCUAAAAUUUUAAUAAGUGAUAACUAAUAGUUAUGUUUCGAUUUUAUAUCAGUUGCGAUUAAUAAUGCCUCAUGGCUCAUGUGAGUCACUAGAUCUAGUUAUUAACCACGAGCUGGAUAGGUAGAUAGUCUGAAGAUCAAAGAGAUAAGAGAAGAAUACACUGUAUAUGUCUUAAAUGUACGUUAUCUUUUUUUAAAGUAGUCAUUAGUCUAUGUAUAUAUGUUUACUCGUAUGUUUAGACCAAAAAAAAUGUUUACUCGUAUGUUCUUUCUGUUAAACAAAAUUCCAAAGAGUUGAAAUAGAGAGAACUCGAUACAAACAAAACAAAAAGUCAAAGGAAGUGAGCGGGUCCCACGGUAAUAUUUGUCAACACAUGAACCGGCAACAACGUAAGUUAACUCUCGGACUACUACAUGGGACCCAUUCGGAAAGCCGGUCGAGCCGACCCAAUCCCGUCAAACUUUUUUUUGGGGUUAAUUUGACCAUAUUUUAGUAUUUAUUACAAAAAAAUGCGUGUUAAAGACUUAUGGCUUUGGUGA